GGAUUGGCCACCCUCCCCUGCACCAAACACCUGUGCCCCACCGAUCACUCCCGUGCCCCGACUUUGCUCACCCACCCACCCACAUACUUUCAGCCCACGAUGCUCGCAACAAAACUCCGGCCGUGCCUCCGCACCCUUGGCGGUCCCACAUCGGUCCGCACCUUCCAACAACGCGCGCCACCUCCCGACUACGGCUUCGCAUUUGACAUCGAUGGCGUCCUUCUACACGGCUCUACGCCACUCUCGGGCGCGACGCGCACAUUGCAAUACCUACAGCAGAAGCGGCUCGAGUUCCUGCUGCUAACAAAUGGCGGGGGCACGUCGGAGUCUCGGCGGAUCCGGCAGCUGUCGAAGCUGCUCGACACGCCGCUACACAUCCAGCAGUUCGUACAGUCGCACACGCCGUUCCGCAUGCACGCGCAGUCGCGCGGCAUGGAGAAUGUGCUUGUCGUCGGGGGCGCGGGCGAUAACUGCCGUGCCGUCGCGGAGCAGUAUGGGUUCCAAGAUGUUCUGAUCCCAGCGGAUGUACUGGUCAAAUGGCCGGAGGUCGCGCCGUUCAGUGAUCCGGCGGCGUGGGAGAAGUAUGCUCGCCCCGUCGCCAAGGGGAGGAAGGUCGAUGCUAUCCUAUGCUUCAAUGAUUCAAGGGAUUGGGCCCUGGACCUGCAGUUGAUAAUCGACCUCCUCCUGUCCGACUCGGGCCGCAUCGGAUCGCGCCGUCCGGUCUCGAAGGUGCUCAAGGACGGGCACAUCCCGCUCUACUUCUCAAACCCGGACCUGUGGUGGGCCAACGAGUACCCGCAGCCUCGUCUCGGGCAGGGCGGCUUCCGCGCGGCGCUCGAGGGGCUGUGGCGGACCAUCACGGAUGGAAAAGGCGAGCUCAAGGCGACGACGAUAGGCAAGCCGCAUCAGCCGACGUAUGAGUACGCCGAGAACGUCCUCACCGCGUGGAGAAUGCAGCAGCUGGGCGAGGAGAGUGAACAUCCCGAGCUCAGGAGAGUGUACAUGGUCGGCGAUAAUCCGAAGAGCGAUAUUGCCGGUGCGAAUGGGUAUAAGAGCCCCUGGGGCACGGAGUGGGUCAGUAUCCUGGUAAAGACGGGCGUGUACAGGAAUGGAGACGAUGAUGGGGGUGCGAAGGUAGUUGUAAAUAAUGUGGAAGAGGCCGUGAGGUGGGCAGUUGCGAGGGAGGAGGAGGCGAACGAGAAUAUGAAUGCGAGGGGUGAUUGAUUGGAGUCACCAGGGUGGAGGCUGUCUGUCUGCUAGGAACCGAAACAUAGGUUUAUUAUACUCGGACGCUCCGUUGUCAGUUCACGUUUUGAGGGCACGCACAUAGGUACCAUGGUCAAGACUUUCGUUUGCUAGGAAGGACCACGUACAGAAAUGAAAGUCUCAUUUGACGAACUCGACACG